AUGUGUUUUUAUAUUUUAUUUACUAUAUCUUAUCUUAUCAAUGGAACUAACCCAUGUUGAUUCAAAUAUAUACGCCAUGUUAAUUUAACACCCAUUCUCGUCGGUUAAAGUUGUUCCACAUGGUAUAUAGUUUUGUAUCCUGAUUUUAUACAAUUACGUGGAUCUUGGGCUUCAAGCGUGCAUGACCAUGGACACAGACUCAGACAAUGAAAAUGAAGAACAUGUGCAACAGAAUGGACAAGUGAAAAGAAAGUUAGAACAAAAAGGACUAGGGAAAAAAAUAAAAACCGAUUUAGAAGCGACUGCAAGAUUUAACAACAACCUUCCUUUAUUAAAUCAAAUUCCAGGCAGUACAGACUCAGAAAGUCAACAAAUGGCAAACAUUGCAAACCAGUUGCCGUCGCCAACAACAUCUUCAGACAAUGUUAAAGAAAAAAAACAUGAAACACCUCGGUUUGCAACAUAUGAAAAACUUGGUGGAACAACAGAUCAAGGAAAGGAAUAUGAAAAAAUGAUGUCUGCACACCUCGCUUUAAAACUGAUAAAAAACAACGAAAUUGUCGACUUCGGAAUGACUACAAAUGACAAAGCAAACGGCCUGUUCGACGACAUCGGUCUCAAAGUUAAAUUUAAAAAUAAAAAAACAGUGAAUUUUCUUUUUCAACUGAAACACAAAGAGAAACCGAAACAUAUUACACAAAGGGAGCUUUUCGGAGUAGACAAGAAUUUCUCCGUUGAAAAAUAUUUCAAAUCUAUUAUGGCGUCAGACAAGUUUUCACACGACGACGUGUGUAUUCUUUAUACGAACUGUCCCGUAAUUAUUGAAAAUUCUACACACUCGGCUAAAAACUUUAAGAUUGAAAAGUGUAAGCAUCUAGAACACGAAGAAUUGUUUCUGAACACCGAAAGCGCGCAAGAGUGUAGUAUUUUUCGAAUCAUGAGAAAAGACAAGAAUCAUACAUUUUACUUACUCGGAGGCCAAAGUAACCUUGCGAGUACUAAAAAGAAAACUAAACAAAUGCUACAAGAUUUGGUAGACCAUGAUGUCGAUAUUUAUGAUCGCUUCGUCCACUUUAUGGGUGAAUGGUGGUCACAAAAUUUUGUUUUAUACAAAAAUGACGUUAUUGCAAAAUUAACGGAACUGGCUUUAACACCACACAUGAAAUCUUUGAGUGCUAGUAAACAAAAUAGCAAAACUGUGUAUAUGGAGGAAGCUAUAAUGGAAUUUCGGGUGACAAUAGUCGACGACGAUAUGGUCAGCAAUAUUUGGCAAAUUGAUACACACGAACGAUCUGGUGAAGUUAGAAAAAAGUUUGCGUUAAACUCAAUUGCUGAAGACAAAGUUUUAUGGUAUCUUGGUAAAGUUCCUCUCGUCGUAAAAGUAGAUGAUAUUAACCAAGCGAAGAUUAAGCGCGUUCUGGAACUUAUGAACAAAUCUUCUGAAAUGAAGCAAAUAGUUUUAGUGGGGGAUGUUACAAGUGACUUUUUUGAAGAAUUGGACAGUUUUCAAAAUUUGGCAGACCUCAUAGAAAAAUCUAACGACGAAACACAUUUUCGUAAGAUUUUGGAAACUUUUCAAGUUUCUUUGCAAGGAAGAAAACCCAUGAGCUUGGAAAAGCUUAUUAAGAUUAAUCCAGACAUAGCGACGCAUAUUGGAGUUGGUGAACUGUUGAAGAUGUCACAAGAAACAUAUCUGAUCGGAAAUCAUCAAGAGAAGUUGCCCGAUUUUCACAUCCCACGAAGCGUUUCUUCAGUUUUUGUUAAAACCGAAACGAUUUUGAGUGUUUUUGAAAAACAACGAAACCAAAUCGUCGUGAUUAUCAAUAGUGACUUAACUACCAGAAACUGGGUUUCAACAACUAGAAACUUUGACACCGUUGAAUUGUCCGAGUAUCUAAAUAACAACUACAACAGAAGUGAAAACGUUCUUCUGUUGUCGACGGAAAAACAAUGCAGUCUUGACGAAUUUAAUCAAGUUUGUACAAAAAAUUAUGGAUGUCGCGUGUAUCUCUUUCAAGUUUUUGAUGAAGAAGUUUGCAUCUUACUUUUACAGAACAACAAACAAUCCCUAGAUUGGUCUGCAACUGAACCUAAGACCUUAAUGGAACAAGAUAUUUUACUCAAAUUUGUCAAUUCACCGAACGUAAUUUUUGCUCCACCGGGAAUGGGUAAAUCAACCCUAAUACAAGUUUUGUACAACAAUUGUCCUGAAGACCAUUGGGGGAUUCGUGUUGAUUUGAUAAAUUACAAUUCGUUUUUAGCACAGAAACCAAGCGUCGAAGAAAUGGAGGAGCGCUUUUUGGGAAUAGACGAUGCAAUACAGAAAUUUAGUACCAAACAAAUUAAGCGGUGUUUACACACAAGCAAAAAAGUCUAUUUCUUUCUUGAUGGAUUAGACGAAGUUGAUCGUCAGUACGUGAAAUACAUUCUUGGUUUUGUACUUGAAAAAUCAAAAGAUAGCAAAAUAUGGCUCUCAUGUAGGGAAAAUUUACGAGAUGAGGUGACAAAGAUUCUACACACAGUACCAGUGGAGAUAAACGAACUGAACAAAAACGAACAAAAAGAUUACAUACGAAAAAAACUAAAAAGAAAGUACAAAGGCAAAGAAAUAGAAAUAAUCUUGAGUGCAGUUUCCACCAACACAGACUUGAGCAACAGUCAGGAAUUAUUAGGAAUUCCUCUCCAAUUGUACAUACUAACAGAAAUCUUCCUCAACAAUGACGAUGUUUACAAAAACCUGGAAGAAAAGAACAUAUUUGUGUUGACACACAUGUACAAGAUUUUUUUUGAGGGAAAAUUAAACUCUGCAAUUUGUAAAAUUGUUGAUAAGAGCCAAAGACACCAGCUCGGAUAUCUUAAACCCCUUUUGUACCCUUACGAAAUUCCUGCUUUAAAGCAGUGUUUAGGCAGAAAAGAUUUCGAGAAAUUGAACGUGGAAUUAGAAGAAACGCAAGAAUUUGUCGACGAAAUAAAAAAUAAAGGCGACAAAUUUGGAAUAAUCAAGAAAAUCAACGAAAGCGGUAAGGCUAUAUUUGCCCAUCAGACAUAUGCAGAAUAUUUUGCCUGUGUUUGGUUAAAAAAGAAUAAAUCGAAAACGACAUUAUUGGGAACAGUAAUAUUUUCUAAAAAAUAUGAAAUGUUGCGACUGAUGUUCAAUGUUAUGUUGGCUGAAAACAACCCGUUACACUUGUCUGUUAUUUAUAAAAACAUGGAUAUGUUUGAAAAACAUAUAAACGAAAAAAACAGCAAAGACCAAGGUGGACGGACUGCAUUGCAUCUCUUGUGUACUUAUGGAAAGGUAAAUCCUAGUUCUAGGACAGAAACGAUUUUGUUAAGUAGAAAUCGUACUUGCUACCCAAAAAUGACCGACAGAAUGGUAACAGAAUGCCCCAAUACCGACAACAAAGACGGAUUGUUUAAUCUUGACUUAAUAGAAUAUUCCCUAAAAGCAGAAUGUUUGUAUCCAAUUGAAAGAUUUUUAGAAAUCGGAUGUGCAAAUUUCGAAGAUAUUAAGACAAAGCUUUAUGAUAGUUAUGAAAAGAUUAGUCUGCUGUGCUACUGUGCACAAGAAGGCUUCCCUAAAUUAUUCCACUCAGUUAUUUCAGAAAAUCCUGAGUUAGUAGAUUGUCAAAUUUCGUGUCAUUCUUUGUUAGAAAUAGCAGUUUGGGGAACACAUAUUGAGAAUAUUUGGCCACGAAGAGAAGGAAAUAUUGCUGUUGUCAAAAUCUUGCUACAACGUGGCGUAAACAUAAACAGUCCUCUACGUCGUAGCGGUUGCAGUCCUGAAACAUUUAGAGAUAAGACCAUCUUAGACAUCGCUUGUGAAAAGUGCAGAUACGAUAUGAUCGACGUAUUAGUACAACAUGGAGCCAAAUGUAGCGACGGUUACACGGUAUGGCACUGGAUAUCAGAAUUAAAAAACUGCGACAAAAAACAUUUGGACCAGCUGUUGAAAGAAUUUGAUGCAGAUGUGAAUGCAAAAAACGACAAGGGAACGACUGCACUACAUCUUGCUUGCGAACGUAAUUCUUUCUUGCCGCCAGGUAUAACAACAGAAAUUAAAGGGGACCACCGAGAUAUCGUAGAAUUUUUGAUUAAAAAAGGUGCUGACGUAAACGCUAUAAAUUGCGACGGAAUGACGCCUCUAAGCAUUGCUGGUAAAAAUGGUGAUAUUGAAGUUAUAAACAUGUUAUUGCAAAAUGGUGCCUCGAUAAUUGUUAUCCUGAUGAUCUGAAACAUGCAAAUCCACUUUCUUAGAAAAAGGAUAAAAUUUGAUCUUCGUAUAAAUCCUACAAUUAGUAUUAGUGUUACUCUCUUAUUAUCUAUAAUUUUUACAUGUGUUUGUUGGAUGUUUUAUACUGGUAAUUUAAAUUUUGUAAACACUAGUUUUAGCAGAAAUUUUUCGAAUGUACUUGAUUUGUCUUAAUAUAUUUAUAUCAAAAUUGUAAAAAGCAGCUUUAAUGUAAUACAUAAAUUAUAAGUGA